AUGUCAGCUGAAGAGUUCCGUCAAAUGGUCCACGAGGUUUUACCUGACGGUACGGUGGAGCUGGACGAGGACAUCUUGUCGAGCCUGCGGAGCCGCCAGCAUGCGGGCGUUACUCCUGGUGCUAUACCGCACCAGUCACACGCCGUUCUGGUGGAUUGCGAGACUGCUUUCCACGAGGAGUAUGUGCUUAGGGAGGAUAGGAGUAUAUCACCGAAAAUGCUGGUGGAGCUGAUGGGAUGGCUGGCUCCCGCCGAGUUCAGUACAGCUGUCGGUGCCUUGACCCAGUCGAGCGGUUGGGGUAAGUCCCGUUUGUUUGCUGAAGUGGGAAAGACAUAUCGGUCUUUUUACAUCAGUAUGAGCCAAAGUUCAAACACCUUCCCCCGGCAGACGGGGAACUUCACGCCGCUCCAAAAAAUACUCCGGGCCCAUGCCGAUGCGGAUGUGAUUGUGAGUCACAUCAUGAAGUGUCUAGCGUCAUACAUCCGCAGUACCCUCGAUGAUGAGCACCUCAGAUCAAUGACCCCGACUGAGUGGUUCGAUUACCAAUUGAUGAACUGGCACCCGACCUACGACAUGGCGGAUGGUACGACGCUACCGCCUCUUGCACUGGUGGAUGCCACCAAUGAUCUGAAACUCCAAAUAAAGCGGUUUAUGCAACAGUUCAAGGUCCCUUAUGUGCUAUUCAUGUGCGAUGAGGCAGCAGCUUUGCUGACUCCUUCCCAGACUGACCCCUUUUGUCCUGUCUUUCGUCUCUUCCGAAGAGCGUUCGCCGUGCCGGGAAUCACUGCCUGCUUUGCAAGUACCAAUUCUCGUGUUCAGAACUUCGCCCCCGCACUGCAUGACGACGACUCCUACAAGCGAUACUUAUCAACGGUGCGUACGGACUCGUCCAUUCCGAUUGCUCCUGUCUUGUCUGUCGGAGUACCGGACUGCGGAGUCCAAGACGCUCCGUAUCCGGUCGCUAUGCACGACGUGCUGUCCGUUGAGUUUCUUUCCCGUUUCGGUCGCCCACUGUGGUUUGCAUUUUCCAGACACUUUGAUGAGAGCUACAAACAGCAAGGUCACAAGGCCCUUACCGCUAUAGCCACCAGCAAGUUGAUUGGAAAAUCGGACCCGGAUCUUGGAGUGCCCGCAGCCGUCAUGGUCGUCGCUUGUGUGAGGAUAACCCCGUCCAUUCAGUUGGCAGAACAGCUCGUAUGCAGUCACAUGGCUACACUGCUCCAUGUGUCGAAAAACCGAGAGCUACUGUACGUGGCGUACGGGUCUGAACCGUACCUAGCCGAGGCAGCCAUCCAGCACAUCACCCUGAACUUGACGGCUGUCCUGCAUCAGUUUCUCAAGUUGGUCGGCAGCCAGGCAAUCGAUAAAGGGCGAAUGGGAGAAGUUAUUGCUCGGUUAUGCUUGGCUCUGCAUGGCUACGAGUC